AUGCCUCCAAAGGCCACCACAUUAACUCCACGGCAGAAACGCAAUAACAAGACCGAGUUGGCAAACAAGCUCGCCGAAGCAGCGCUUAACGGGGAUAGUGACAGCUCGGAAGGGGAAUCAGAUGAAGAGAUCGAGCAGUGGGAGCGAAUUUACGAGACGAACAAUGCAUACAACUCGGAUAAUGAAGCAGGUUCUUCUAGGAAACGGCGGGGAAAGCAAGCAAAACCCACCACGAAGGAGCCGAAUAUAAUCGGUGCGAGGAGAAGAGAUGAUGGACUCGAAUGCAGAGUGGGAGAUUGUGUUUUGUUGAAGGCUGCAGAUGGUUCUGUUCCCUGGGUAGGGAUGAUUAUGCAAUUUACAGGAGCGGAUGAAGAUGGGGAUGAUUGUGCAAACUUUCUAUGGUUUUGUAAUGAGAAGGAGAUUCAACACAAGGCCAAGAAGAGGGGGGAUUUCCUUCCCGUAAUAUACCCGCGGAAAACUUUGAAGUGGCAUGCUAACAAGUAUAGAAUGAGAGGCUGGGAUGAGAGUCCGCUGGAAUCGAUUAUUGAAAAGGCAACAAUUCUGACAGAAUCGGAAUUUGCUGCCAGAUUUCCUAAAGGGACAAUUCCGCGUAAGUCGGUUUACUUCGGAAAAGUAUUUGUAUGCCGUCGAGGCUGCAACCUAAAGUCAACGACCUACAGCGAAGAGUUUUCGUGGAAGGAUAUAGCCCAUGAUACUGAAGACGAUGUUAUUCGGUUGAUUGAAAAAUUGAAAUCUGAGACGAAAGCUACCAAGAAACCGCGGUUAGAUAAACGCAAAAGAGGAGACGACGAGUUUGAUCUCAAAGAUGAGGCUGGUGACGAGCCUGGAACUCCUAAGAAAAAGCACAAAACAUUUACUGUAUCAACACCUCGAAAGCCUCGUACUCCUUCAAAACUUCUAACGCCUAGUCAUAAAAGGGUCAUCGUUAAGAAGCCUCUCGAAUUUACACCUCUUGGAACCCGGGUCCUGGAUGCUGAUCACGUCUACUCCUCGCCAUUUCAGACUGCACGCUCAAGACUUCAUGUCUCUUCAGUUCCUACCAGUCUUCCUUGUAGAGAAGAUGAAUUCGCUUCUGUAUAUUCCCAUCUGGAGGCAGCGAUAUACGAAGGCACAGGCGCAUGCAUUUAUAUUUCAGGAACCCCUGGUACAGGGAAGACAGCCACUGUCCGUGAAGUCGUUGCCCAACUGAAUGCAGCGUCUGAAGCGGAAGAGCUUGACUACUUCACAUUUGUAGAGAUCAACGGCAUGAAAGUCACUGAUCCCCAUCAAUCGUAUUCGCUGCUUUGGGAAGCAUUGAAGGGGGAUCGUGUGAGUCCUUCACAUGCUCUAGAUCUUCUAGAGAGAGAGUUCAACCACCCAAGUCCCAGACGAACACCAUGUGUUGUAUUAAUGGACGAAUUAGACCAAUUGGUCACCAAGAACCAGAGUGUCAUGUACAAUUUCUUCAACUGGCCAGGCCUUAGACACAGUAAACUGAUCGUGCUCGCUGUGGCAAAUACAAUGGAUCUGCCCGAACGAACUUUAAGCAACAAGAUCAGUAGUCGACUCGGUCUAACCCGGAUAACCUUCGCCGGCUACACGCAUGAACAGCUAAUGAAAAUAAUACAAUCCCGCCUCGAAGGCGUUCCCGGCGACAUCGUAACCUCCGAUGCCAUCCAAUUUGCCUCCCGAAAGGUAGCAGCCGUAUCCGGCGACGCCCGACGUGCCCUCGAUAUCUGCCGGCGCGCCGUCGAGCUCGCGGAAUCGGAAACAUUAUCCAUUCCCGCUCCUAACACGCCUUCAAAGAGUGGCAAAGGUGUAGAAAAGAUGUCGAAAUCUCUAGGCAUUGUAACAAUAGCGACAGUGAAGAAAGCAAUCAAUGAGGCGACGACUAGUCCGUUGCAGCAGUAUCUGAGAGGCUUGCCGCUCUCGGCGAAGAUAUUACUUGCAGCGCUGAUGGCGAAGACGAGACGGACAGGCAUUGCGGAGAGUGUGUUGGGAGAUGUUUUGGAUGAGGCGAGGAGGAUGGCCAAGAUGGAUACUAGUGGUCAGACGUUGGAGUAUCUCAUGAAACCUGACUCGAUUGUCUCUACAAAGGGGAUGGUUGUCAAACAGCCUAUGAAGGCGCCGCGUGUCCUAGCCAUGGGAAUGUGUGCUGUAGAUUUAAUGGAGGCCGGGAUUAUUGGAUUAGAAGCUAGAAAGGCUGAUCGUACGGGGAAAAUACGUUUGAGUAUUGGAGAUGAGGACUUGAAGCUUGCGUUCAAGGAUGAUCCCGAGAUCAAGAGUUUGGGAUUUACGGCGUAG